ACUCGACCAGGGACAAGAUCUCUACUUCGCGUCCACCGGACCACCACGCCGGCGACGGUAUUGUCUUUUAGAGAUGUUUUUGUUGUUGUAGGCGAUCUCCCAAGUUCCCAGUCUCUGCUUCAGUUGGUUCGUCGGUUCGUUCGGCUAUCUGCUUCCUUUGUUCUAUUAUUCAAUCUCAGGAGAAUCACGAGCGCCGACCUUGUAUUUUAAUCCUUCCAUCUCAGAUUGUGAUGACACAAGGAAAGUUCACUUGAUUUUGUUCGGUGUGUUAUAAGUUGGGGUUGAUGUGGAGAAAUAAGAGUGCACUAUCAACAAAGUUUUUAAAUGUAAGUGUAGCAAACUUUUGUAAAUCCAAACAACUGGAGAAAGCGGAAGAAUUAAUAAUUGAUGGUAUAAGGGUUGGAGUACAGCUGGAUGUGGUAACCUAUAACACUCUGAUAGCAGCAUAUUGUCAGUUUUACGGGAUCAAUGAAGGUUAUUCUAUCCUUCAUAGAAUGCAAGAAUCUGGGAUUCGACCAGAUGUCAUAACAUAUAAUUCAUUGAUAUCUGGUGCAGCCAGAAAUGGCUUGUUAUCCCGUUGCAUAGCUCUGUUUGGUGAAAUGCUUGCAUCAGACAUUUUUCCAGACAUUUGGAGUUACAACACAUUGAUGCAUUGUUAUUUUAAAUCUGGAAAACCACACGAGGGCUACAGGAUAUUCAGGGACAUUCUUUUAAAGGGCAUCCCACCAGGUCCGGCAACAUUUAACAUCCUAAUGAACGGUCUUUGCACAAAUGGAUACACAAAGAACGCCAUGAAGCUCUUCAGGAACUUGAAACAACAGGGUUUCGUACCUCAGCUGGUAACAUACAACAUCCUUAUGAAUGGGAUUUGCAAGUUGGGCUGGCCUGCAUCUGCCAGAACGCUUCUGAAAGAACUUGUGGAUAUGGGCCAUACCCCUAAUUCUGUCACGUAUACCACAAUAAUGAAAUGUUUUUUUAGUUCAAGACGUUAUGGAGAAGGGCUUCAAAUCCUUAAAGACAUGAGAAGCAAAGGGUAUGUGUUUGACUCACACGGAUAUUGUACAGUGAUUAGUUGCUUGCUUAAGGCGGGUAAGACAGAGGAAGCUCUUGAAUGUGUGGAUAAUAUGGUUAGUUAUGAGAUUGAUCUUGAUAUGGUGACUUAUAACAAUAUUAUUAAUCUUUAUUGUAAGAACGGAAAAAUGGAAGAUGCCUUCUUUUUGGUGAAAGAUGCAGAGAGAAGAGGGUUGGAGUGUGACAUAUACACACAUACUAUUUUGAUAGAUGGGAUGUGUAAGGCUGGAGAUAUAGAAGGGGCACUUAAACACUUGGACCAUAUGAACAAGCUGGGAAUUGUACCGAACUUGGUUGCUUUCAAUUGCUUUAUUGAUGGGCUGUGCAAAGCUGGUCACAUUGACAAUGCAUUGGAAGUGUUUAAUUCAAUGGCCGAGAAGGAUGGUUUUACAUAUUCAUCAAUGCUGAACGGUCUUUGCAAGUCUAAGAGAUUUCGUGAAGCUUCUGAGCUGUUGCUUUCUUGUGGUAGCAGAGGUGUGGAAAUUCUAAAAUCUGAUAAAGAAGCAGUUAUCAACGGCCUUUGUCGUUCUGGCCUAAGACAUGAAGCAAAAAAGAUACAGUAAAAAAGCCAUGUGGCAAAGACAUUGCAUUGCCUAUGAGGUGAUCGUGUCCUACUGCAUUUUAUCAUUCCAAACUGCAAACCACUCUUAUGGAUAGCCAUUAUCACAAAACUAGCGGAAUUUUUCAGAGAAAACGUACGUUUCAGUACAUCAGAGGUGGAUCUCCAAUUCUCCACUCUACCGGCAAUGGAGAGGUAGAUGGUUGCAAAUUGAACUACAUAGCAGGAAUGCGUCUCUCGGAGCUUCCAUUUGGGCAAAUAAAGAUUCAUCUACUCCAACCAAAUAAAAAAGGGCAGCCAGUGCACAAAGCAUUCCCGCCCUGCGUGACUCCGAGAAAGAAGUACAAAGAAGCUUGAGCUGCUGAACAGGUACACUCAUGAGAGUUCAAUGGCUGCAAAUGACUGUUGCAGGUUGGGGCAAAACCAUGCUUCACCUUUACACUUUUUGGUAACUCAGAGCCGUCUCUAGGCCUAGGCAAAUUAGGCAUGUUCAUGGGGCUCCCGAUAUUUUAUGGUCCAAUUUUUUUUUUGUAAAAACAUGUGUUAAGUUCAAUUUUAAAAGUUCAUAAUGACUUUUUAGAUAUAUUGCAAAGUGGAUGAAUCUAGACAUAGAGUAUGUCUAUAUUCAUUUAUGUUUUAAAGUACUCCGUAUAUAAAAAGUGUUAGUAUUU